GCUGUUAGAGGGGAGAACAAGCAUUAACUUUACAGUAAUAAAAUUAUAAUAGAUUGUUAGGAAGGUUGUCCUAAAUUCAGAAAAUGUCAAGUUUUUGUGAGGUCUGGUGGUCUUUUUUUCGCCAAUGGCUUAUUUAUUUUUUUGUAAAGCGCUGCCAUCUUAAAUGAGGUAAAGCUAUUACUUUAGAAAAAUUACAUGAGAUGAGUCUAAAGUUGGGAAAGGUAUUACGGAGGUAGGGAGAGCAGGAUUGCUCCAGGUGCAAGGGCAUGGACUCCGUGAAGGCACUUGUGUUUAGUGGUCGGGUUCAAGAGGGGAUGUGCGCCACAUGGGUUCUUCCUGGAGGCAGCCUGGGAGAAGUGUGACCUUGAACAUGGGUGGUGCCGUGAGUGCCGGUGAAGACAAUGAUGAGCUGAUUGACAACCUGAAAGAAGCACAGUAUAUCCGGACGGAGCUGGUCGAACAGGCUUUCCGAGCUAUCGAUCGUGCAGAUUAUUAUCUUGAAGAAUUUAAAGAAAAUGCUUAUAAAGACUUGGCGUGGAAGCAUGGCAACAUCCACCUCUCGGCCCCGUGCAUCUACUCAGAGGUGAUGGAAGCCCUGGAUCUGCAGCCUGGACUCUCCUUCCUGAACCUGGGCAGUGGUACUGGGUACCUCAGUUCCAUGGUGGGCCUCAUCCUGGGUCCUUUUGGUGUCAACCACGGGGUAGAACUUCAUUCAGAUGUGAUAGAGUAUGCAAAGCAGAAACUGGACUUCUUCAUCAGGACAAGUGACAGCUUUGACAAGUUUGACUUUUGUGAACCUUCCUUUGUAACUGGCAACUGCCUUGAGCUUUCUCCAGAGUGUUCUCAGUAUGACCGUGUUUACUGUGGGGCUGGCGUGCAGAAGGAACAUGAGGAGUACAUGAAGAACUUGCUCAAAGUGGGAGGGAUCCUCGUCAUGCCCCUGGAGGAAAAGUUGACUAAAAUAACACGCACAGGUCCUUCUGCCUGGGAAACCAAAAAGAUUCUGGCUGUUUCAUUUGCUCCUCUGAUCCAGCCCUGCCGUUCAGAGUCAGGAAAACCAAGACUCGUCCAGUUACCACCGCUGGCAGUCCGUAGCCUGCAGGACUUGGCCCGCAUUGCCAUCCGUGGCACUAUUAAAAAGCUCAUUCAUCAAGAAGCAGUGAGCAAAACUGGAAAUGGACUAAAGAACACCCCCAGGUUUAAACGAAGGAGAGUUCGUCGCCGUCGAAUGGAAACAAUUGUGUUUUUGGACAAAGAGGUGUUUGCCAGUCGGAUUUCCAACCCCUCUGAUGACAACAGCUGUGAAGAUUUGGAAGAGGAACAUCGGGAGGAAGAAAAGACCCUGCCUGAAACAAAGCCUGACCCUCCUGUAAACUUCCUACGCCAGAAGGUCUUGAGCCUCCCUCUUCCAGAUCCCCUGAAAUACUACUUGCUUUAUUAUAGAGAAAAGUAGCUCCUGUUUGAAGGGAAGUGAAGAAGAGCAGGUGCUGAGUGUGGGGUGUGUGUGCCGCUAUGCAGCCGAGGGCUCACUGGGAGUGGAUGCCUGGGGUUGGAGUUGCCCUACCCUCUACCUUUUUUUCCUUUUCUAGUUCUCAAUUGUCCUCUAAAAGUGAUCCAAUGCUACGUUUUCUGUAAAAGUGAUCUGAAAAGACAUACAUUGCAUAGAAGAAAAAUUUUCCAGAUUGGAGAGACUGUUUUCAGAGAAGGGUGUUCCUUUUUCAGUCUGUGAUGAAACACCGAAGUUGUGCUGAGUUGCUGUCCCUCACAUAGGAUGAAUGUGUAUGCAUUAAAAAUGAGGACUGAAGUUGAGGCUAACCUGCAUGGCUUGUAAAGUGUGAGACAAAGCACAAAUUUAUGAAUGUAUGACAUCUUUCCUGGGAGUGACACAUGUGUCCAAGUCUGCAGUUUAUGGUCUCAACCUCCUCAUCACUUGCACUGAGUCUCUCUGGACUUUUUUGUUCCUAGAGUGGAAACAUUGGAAAGCUCUCUCUUAUUUUAAGUAAAUUAAUUAAAUUUUAUUUGAGUUGUUCAUAUAAAAGGAAAAAAUUGUGAUUGGAGAGGAGGAGUAAAAAUAUCAAGUUGAUGGAUAUCUUUCAGGAGUUCCUGAAGAAUUCCGAUGAGUUUUUCCUGCAACAGCUUUUAUUACCUUAAAAGAACUACUGUCAAUUAAUCCCUUAGAGAAUGUCCUGAAAAAGAAAGAAUUUUUGUUUGUAUUUAAUAAGCUAGAUCACUUUUACCUUGCCCAUAAGGAUGGUUAUCUGUCCGACUUUAAAGACCAUCAAGGGUCUCUCAGCAUAGCGACACACUGGGUCAUAAGAAGUGGGAACUGUUUGCUCGAGGCAGACUGGGCAUGCUGCUGUGAUCUCAGUCUGCUAUUUUUCUGUGAUCCUGUUAGAAUACCAGUUCAUAGAUUCUAUCUUUUUAUAAUUCUGGAUAUAAAGAGAUUUGCUAGUUUUAUAAUUUUUCUUAAGAACAAAUACAUGUAUUUUAGCAGCUCCAUUGCUUUAGAGUGGCAUGUCUCACAGUGACUGGUGAGACCCAUUCUCCCCAGGCCUCCUUUGUCAGGGUUUCUAUCUUACCGAGUUUGGGGCAUGUAAGAAAAGCAAUGUUUCUAGUGGAAAUGAUCUGAUGUUACAUUGGUUAUUAUAAAACACCGGUUCAUUUUAAAACUUUUUUCCCCAAAAGUAGUAUAAAAUUUUAACAACAGGAUAUAGUAUCUAGAUUUUAUGAUUAAUUUUAAUCCCAGCCUCUUGGUAAUAUCUAGGGUUCAAUGUCUCUGUGGUUUUACCAGUUGAACAGAGUUCUGGCUAUUUUAAUUUUUUCCCCCUGCCUUUUAAAGUAACUGAUUUUUAUUUACCACAUAGUAUAGUUUGCAUGCAUAGCUGGGAACAUGUGCACAUUGCCCUAGAUCUGUAAAUUUAACGUACUUUAAAGAAAGUUCUUAAUGUGCUUUCCUGACUUAAUUGAAAGUUAAGGUUUGUUCUUUCAGAGAGAAGCAGAUAAUUUACAUUUAUUUGCUGUCAUUUUGUAGUUUGAAGAUCCUUUUUUAUAUUAUUUUAAGUGAUCUGUAAAUGCUUCAAUGUUACAUGGAAAUUUUGGGACAUAAUAUUAAAUGAAUUAUAUUUGUGAAAUCUGUUAUAUUAGGUGGCUUGGCUAUAUAUUUUUUUCAUAUAAUUGUGUUUGUACUGCAUUUUAAAACCACAUUGGCCUUUAAACCCAAUUGUAAAAAUGCAUAAAGCAUGUUUCUGUGUAUAUGCGAAACUUUUCCUAGCAUUUUGUAUUUGUGUAUAGUCAGUUUGCGCUUUUGAAACUGAAAUUUGUUCAAAAAUGUGUAAUUAUAAUAUAUGUGAGAAAUAGUUCAAUGUUAUAAGACAGAAUUGUAAGUAAAUUUUCCUGGUCAUAAACGCCUCAUACCAGAAUUCAGUAAAAUAUGCUGCUUCCUGUUUUCCAACAGAUAACUCAAAAUAGUCUGUGUUGUUACAAGAUAUGUAUUGUAAACUACAUUCUUGACUGCUGUUUUAUUGCAUUUGUGUAGUCUGUAUUUUAAAAUGUGACUUGUUAAAUAGUAAAGUAGUAAAGCCAUAGAUUUGUGAAAAGCAGUUUUCAAGUUUACAUACGGUGAAUAAGCGAUAUAAAGAUAAAUGUGCACGUAAGAAUACUUUUGCCGUUGUGGCACUUGUGGGGGUAAAUCCAAGACAUUUGAAACGUGAAUUUUAAUGAGUUGAUAUGUAUGGAUAACAAAAGAAUCAAUAAAGGUAGUUAAGAUAUUUUAUCCUCAGGAUCGCGUCUAUGUGACAUUGAUGGUCUUCACUACAUACUUUCGGAAAUCAUAAAAAAAUAAACUUCUUUAUAAGCA